AAUGGCCAUUGAUUGGGCAAAGGAAUACCAGACAUUUAUUGGUGAGUGGAACAACUGACGCAACACCAUUGUCCAUGCUGAGAGGAGCAAUGAAGUGCUUACAUCUUCGGACCCAUACAUGUUAUGGUUUCACCGUCAUACACGUCUAGUACUUAGUAAUCCGAGUGACAUUGCUGCCUUUGGAUACCAAGGCGUCGGGGGUAGUUUAGAGGGAUUGGUUCAUAGAGUUGCGAGGGCAUAUCACAUGGCAGACGCUGCCCAUAUUACAUGCGAUGGUAGAGAGGGAUUGGAUGCCAUUGCCGAGAUACAGGAGUUAUUGUACGAUGGUUUGCAACAGCCACACCCACGUGACCGACUAGAUUUCGGCCACUUUGGCGAGGAUCCUUAUAUGGGGGUAGAUAUUACAUCGACAUCAAUGCCGCACCCGAAUAUGCCAUCCACUGAGCCAUUGACAUCAAUGCCUCCACCGCAUCCUACCGCACGUCAUGCACAUCAAUCGGACUAUUUCGAUAUGGAACACUUUGGUGAGGGGCCUUCCAUGGGCCUGUCCCCUCAUGGUCCAUCUACAGCAAUGCAUACACCGCAGACUUCCCCACCUGAAUGUACCAAUUACACAUCCCAGUUUGCCCCUGAGGUAGAUCCUCUAAUGUUUGAACAUACUUCCACACACCAUGGCCAUAUAUUGGACCCCUCCUGGUGACCACCCCCAUAUAGGA